AAAGAUGAAGCUAACAAUCAGUAGAUAUAGGUGUGUGUUAAUGAGGGAUCAUGUAGUUUCCUAGUGUUCCCUGGUUGCUGCUCAGUCUGAGUGGGACUCUGUGGACAUGCCUGUGUACAGUGUCCUCUGUCCUGUCUCUGUAUCAGCGCAUUUAAAAUGAUAAAGACAGUGAAUAAUGAUAAUAAUCAUGAUAAUAACAAUAAAGAUAAUCAUGGAUCCUUCCCGUUGUUGGUUUAAUGUUUCAAAAUGAAAACAAACGUCGCGUGCUCACUGUUUCUCCCACCUCUUCCACAGGAGCUCCUUCUCUCUCUCUCCACCAAUCAGCGUGCGGGAGCUGCAGCGGAGGCCCCGCCCCUGUUCCCUGUCCUCUGGAACAUUGUGUUUACGAAGCUCGGCUCCUUGUUCCAGCUGCUCCUCUUCAUCAGCGCUCUUCCUCUCCCUCGCAGCAGCUGGAACGGUGUGUUUAUGACGACCGGCUCGUUGUUGCUCUUCUUCACGGCUCUCCCUCUCCCAGAUCGGCUGCUCUCCGCUCUUCUUCACGGCCCGAAACCCACCAGACUGCCGGCAGGCUGGCGCUGAACCUCUGCGAACAGCGAGCAAGGCAGGCGUCAGGACGUCCAACGAUUAGUUUAGAUUUAAAGUAAUGAAAGAUAAACACGUCCUUCCUUCAUGCUUACUUUCAACAAAAAAGAAGCUAUGGAUAUUUGCGACGGGAAGAAGAGGAGAAAGGUAAGCGGCGGCGUGCGGGUGUGCAGGCGGAGUGUGGCCGCCAAGAUGAAGAGGGAGGCCGGCAUGGUCCUUCGCUCCCUCACGUUGGGGAACAACAACCACACGGAGCCCAUGGUGGAGGAAGAGGACGACGACUGCUUCUCCAUCGGCUUCCUGCGGAGUGAGCGACCGGAGCCCGGCACGGUGGUGUCCCCCCGGUACAGUCUACUGCGGGAGGUCGGCCGGGGCAGCUACGGGGUGGUUUAUGAGGCUUUAUCCCGGAAAACAGGGGCCAGGGUGGCGGUGAAGAGGCUCCACUGCGACGCUCCUGAAAACGUAGAGCUGGCUCUGGCCGAGUUCUGGGCCCUGACCAGCCUGGAGAACCGGCACCAGAACGUGGUCCAGCUGGACGAGUGCGUCCUGCAGAAGAACGGCCUGGCCCAGAAGAUGAGCCACGGGAACAAGAGGUCCAGACAGUACCUGCGCCUGGUGGAGACGUCCCUCAAAGGGGAACGCAUCCUGGGUUACCCAGAGGAGCCGUGCUAUCUCUGGUUCGUCAUGGAGUUUUGUGAGGGUGGAGACCUCAACCAGUACAUCUUGUCUCGCCGGCCCGACCCCCACACCAACAGGAGCUUUAUGCGGCAGUUGACGAGUGCAGUAGCAUUCUUACACAAGAACAACAUUGUCCAUCGUGAUCUGAAACCAGAUAACAUUCUCAUCUCACAGAAAUCAGGUUCUCCUGUUCUCAAAGUUGCCGACUUUGGCCUCAGUAAAGUUUGUGCUGGCCUAAACUCCAAGAACAGUGAAGAACACCCUUCAGCAGCAGCAGCAGCAGCUGCAAGUGGCAGAGGCAGUAACCAGAAUAACAUCAUCAACAUUAACAAAUUCUGGUUGUCGUCAGCUUGUGGCUCAGACUUCUACAUGGCCCCCGAGGUGUGGGAGGGCCACUACACCGCCAAGGCUGAUAUCUUCGCCCUGGGCAUCAUCAUCUGGGCAAUGAUUGAGCGGAUCACUUUCAUUGAUGCAGAGUCUAAGCGUGAACUGUUAGGGACCUACAUACGGCAGGGCACAGAGAUUGUACCAGUCGGGGAGGCCCUGUUGGAGAAUCCCAAGAUGGUUCUCCACAUCCCACAAAAGGCGAGGAGCUCCAUGUCUGAAGGCGUGAAAAAACUCCUCCAAGAUAUGCUAGCAGUCAACCCUCAGGACAGGCCAGACGCCUUCCAGCUGGAGGUGCGCAUGGACCAAGUCACGUGUGCUGCAUGACAGCCCCCACCUUUCCGAACCUCUCCUUUUUUACCCCUACCAGUCAACAAAGGGACCUCUCUCCUUCCCAGCUUUGUUUACUACACGGACAUGGACUCUGACGGAAAAAGGGACUGACAUGCUGAACUGUGAACAAUCCAUGAUCAUAAUGUGAGAGGGAAGUGAUGGACGAGCUGAUGAUUCCAAAUCUCUGGGACAGGUGCAUGACGUAAAUCAGACCACAGCAGUGCACUCCCAGCACCAGCCACUUCCAGUCACCAUGACGCUGAGGAUGUUUCACUGGAGGAUAAUGUCUCCGAGAGCGGAUUAGAUGCCAGGUUUUUGACAUGUGUUGUUUUAUAUUUGUUGAUAUUUGUCCCCCACAGUCUCAGUAUAGGCCUGCUCUUCCCUAACAUUUGUAAUGUAUGGAGCUGUGGCACAGGUUACCUUAUUGGAUUGUAUCAGUGUUCUGAAGUCAAAGCAGCGGCUAGCCCACAUGCUACUAUAUAUGAUGGUAUCGACAGCAGACGACACGACACUGCCCCGUACAUCCUCGUGCCUUAAACUUGAUUCACACCAAGUGCGAUUGGAUUUUUAAAUAUAUUAACUUAAUGAAUUUAAGUGGAAGUGCACAUACCAAGACAAACUCCAUGAGUCUGGAAUUCCUUUCGCCUCAUGCAGGCUUCUGUCUGCUGAGGUGCAGAGGCAACCAAUUAACUAUUUUUGCUUUCAGUGAUGUCACAGUAUUAACAAUAUUCUGGGCAGCAAUAAUGUGAUAUUGGAAUGUGAUAAUCUGAUGUCCGUGCUCUACCCUAAAGCUCAAGUGCAACCAUAAUGCUGAAGCUGAAAAAGAGUUCAGCUUUAACUCAAAUGAAGAUAUCGUCGUCAAAGAUGUCAUGUUUGCUCAUGUAAAGAAGGUUACCAGGAUGUUUUACAAAUCUGUGCCACAUUCCGGAGGCAAAUUAACUGUGAAUAUUAAUAUGGUUUUUGUGUUGUUUUGAAAGGGUACUAUAGAAUUCACACAUUAGAAGUAGCAGGCCUGUAUCAACUCCUAUCAGUUCUGUGCAGUUGUUACUAAAACAAUGUCUGGCAGAGAACCCGACUGGUUUUCUGGGGCAUUUGUUUCUGUUGAAUCCAAAGAACAUGAAAUUGUGUCUAUCAUCACUGCAAAACUUAAUAUGAAAAUGUUUUCUAAAUUAAUUAAUGAUCCCAAAAAAACAAUUGUGAUAAUUUGGUGGACUAACAUCUAUUAUGGUCAUUUUUACUGAAUGAUUUAACGUGGCAUUUGAUGACUCCUCACAAACAGAAUUAACACUGUAAACUUGGAGAUAUCAAGUUAAUGGGUUACUUGCAAUUGUGUGUCAUUAAGAGUUAUGGAGUGAUGUUAUAUAUGCUACCUUUGAGUUUGAAGCUUUCUGAUUGUUGUGAUAUGAAUAACGGGUCAUUCUAUGGGAACACCUGAGCAGUAUUGAGCCAUCUGUGGUCAAAUCUUUCUUGAGUAUCUGAGUUGAGGACUCUCACAGGAAAUUUGACAUCUGGAAAUAAUCUCCAAAAGUAUCCGUGGGAUACCCGUGCUUACUGUCCCUUCCCCUCUUUAUUGAAUUAUUUCAGACUCUUUGCAGUGACAUGCAGCUGCUAAGAACACAUGCAGGCAGUGGUUGGUUGGAGCUCACUAUUUUUGCAUUGUGUUGAAUAUCAGUUUUGCUCUGAAUCAUGUAAAUCCUAGGGUUUAACACAAAUGGGUGGCCAAAAGUCUCAUCAAAGCUCAAAUGCACAGAAAAAUUCAUACAGUAAAAAGCGUGUGCUGUGUAGCGGUGAUCCCGGAGAAGAUCGUAAAAGGGUUUGCAUGUUCGAGACCUAGAAAACAUCCAUCUUCCUCUCUCCAGCACAGAUGAGACAGAUAGUCCGAACCUCCUCUGGGCUUCAUAGCACUGUGUAGCAUUUGGGUUGAGUUCAGGGACUCAGCAGUAGUUGUAGACUUUGAGGCGUUCUGUAGUGUGGUCCUACCUCAUCCUCAGCACUCUGAAACAUCCUGUCUAUAGGACUCAUUAAUAACCUCGUCUUACUUUCUGAAACCAGGGUCACUUUGACGGGACGGAACUUCUUCAAUCCUGAUCUAGCCCCUAACUGACUACUCUGUGGUAUAUGCUUAGCUACGAGGAACAUCUAGCUUUCCCCUUGAGAAAGGCUUCACCUGCAGCACCUGUUAACAUGUCUGUCUCUCGCUGUAGUCCUUUCUCAUGUCCAGAUGACAAUCAUUCUGUUGGUGUUCAAUAGCUACAGCUCCCAUAAGGUUUUAUUAGGGUCUAUGCCUGAGAGCAUUUUAAACAAAUGAGUAUAGCCAUUUUCAGACAUGACCUGCGGGCAAAAUCCGGAGAAUUGGUGUAGUGGUGCAGCCAGGUGCAGCAGACAGGAAGUGACGUAUUAACUGCUGCGGAGCUCACGUGAUUAUGUUUACAGCAUUCCGACACCAUCGCCAUCUCUUAUCACCACAAAUUCUCUUGACAUCUUCCCCGGUGUCUUCUACAUCUAUGACACGGUUUUUUCACCCAAAGAUAUAUUUCUUUUAGUUUUUUUCAUAUUUAUGUCUGUCCCAUGUUGGAGGCGUGAGCAAACCCCCACUCCCAUGCGGUGAAGGUGAUCACCUGCUGUGUUCACACAUUGUCUUCUCCCGAAUUUCUAUGGCACCCUUCCAAUCUGAUUUAAAAUGUCACAGCACAGCUCGUAGGAGCAUUUGGUAUUUAAGUUCAUGGGAGCUGUAGUUUUUGUAUGCUAACACAAUUGUUGCAAACACAAGUUGUUGGAUCUAUGGAAUGAGACUUCGGUUUUCACUGUGUGCAGAAGGACUGCUGUUGCGCAGACCUGCCCAGCAGUGUAAAAACAUGUUUGUUGAAGCGUUAAAGCUAACAUGGUUAGAUAACUGUAUAUGGCAUUGCUAUGUUGAUAGUGCAAAAGCUUAACUGAGGAUCUUUACAGCCUAAUCAUCACUACUAACCCUUGUUGUCCACUGCGUUUUUGUAUGUGCUGUUCAUUUAACUCCUAACUAGUAAUAAAUCCACUUGAAAACAUUUCACACUAUGCAAAUCAUUCACUGCCUCACUGUAAGCACUGUAAAGAGCUGUGCCCCUCCGAAGCAGUCGUGUAAUAUCUUGAGCUGUUUUCUCUGUGUAUAUUUCCAGUGUGUACAGAAAUGUUUCAUUCAAAUGUUGCUUUUUGUUAAUGAAGCUGACAGCAGCCAUAAGAAGUGUGGGAAAGCAUAAUACAAUCAUGAUUUUUGUCUUGUAAAUAUGUUCGAAGUUUUUCUUGAAAUAAAUGAUCAAAACUAAAA